AUGACACCACCAAGAUAUGGACAACGUAAUUCUGAAAACCGCAGAGUCUAUUCAAACCUUGAGGUAACAGAUGAUUCUGCGAUAGCACAAGGAAAUAACCAUUGCUAUGAACACGAACAUGAGUCGACCAGGAGAAAUCCGACGGAUUCACAUAUUGGCUAUGAGCAAGAAGAACGAUAUGAGGAUCUGAGGGAGAGGAAUCAAGCACCUGAUAUGUAUGGAUCAAGGCGGAAUUAUGCAAUAACACAUAAUCCAAGGCGAAAUGAAUCUGAGUUCAUGCACCGGGAAAGGACGCCCGAAUCACGUUGUAGGCAAGAACAGAGGACAGCUGGGAGUUCUGAUCCUCUUAUAGUAUUAGUACAAGGCUUGCUAGAUAGACUUGAUCAUAGAACCGGUGAAUCAUCAGAGCGAAGACCAUCCUCCCCUCCUGAUUACCUGAAGAUGGUCACGUUAAUGAAGAAAUUUGGAACCGUUAGAUAUCCUGGAGGAACAAAUCCCUUCGACGCGUCAACAUGGCUGAGGAAUUUGGAGAAAAACUUUCGGGCCAUCCACUGCCCUGAUAAUUUCAAGAAGGAUGUGGCAAUAUACUACUUGACCAAAGAUGCUUCUGAUUGGUGGGAUAACGUGGAAGAAUACUAUAUGGGAAGAGAGAUCGACUGGGAAGAUUUUAAAACGGAAUUUGAAUGGAAAUACUUCCCACCUGAAGCAAAAGACCGGCUGGAGAUUCAAUUCUUGGAGUUAACUCAAGGCAACCGGAAAGUCAGGGAGUAUGAGGCAGAGUUUACAAAGCUAAGGAAAUAUUCUCCUUACGGAGCAAGGAAUGAAGAGAUAGCAGUAAAUGUUGAAGAAGGUAUGGAAAAGGAGCAAGCCAUGAUGAAGUAUGCAGAGCCAUCUCGCAGAACUGAAGGUUGUCCUUAUAGUCAGGGAAGAAAAGCUCCUGAUUAUAUUACUUGCUUCUCGUGUGGUGAGAAAGGGCAUUAUGCCAACAGUUGUCCCCAUAAGAGACAAGUUACGCUUCCAGCACCACCCACUAGACUAGCGAUUGAACCAGCCCCGAAGCGCCAGGCAGUUGGAAAGCAAGUGAAUGCUUUAGAGUUAGGAAAGCUCGAACCACAACAGCCCCAUCAGGGCCCGAUCACAGGAACAUUGUGUGUUGGUGGAGUUUAUGUGCAUGUUCUCUUCGACUCGGGUGCCACACAUAGCUUUGUGAUACCCGAGGUAGUGUCGAGUUUUAAGGGAACCUUUACUAGAGUAAAGGUAGGUGUUUCAGUUAGAACCCCUGGAAACCAUAACCUUCGUACCGAUAGUUGUGUACUUGGGAUUCCAAUCUAUGUGGGAUCAACGGUUUAUCCGACAGACCUGCUAGUUGUUCCUUUAGGGAAACACGAAGUGAUUUUGGGAAUGGACUGGCUGUCGAGAUACUACAUGCAGUUGGAUUGUGGUCGAGGAAGAAUUACACUUGAAGAAAGAGGACAACCAUCAACGACAUACUAUGGAAUAUGUCCAACUGCUGGAGUGUCACUUGUAUCUACCUUAAGAGUUGAGAAAGAUUUGAUCAAGGGCGAGGUAUAUCUUGUAACUCUAACUACCCUUGGAGGAGAAUUGAAAGAAGGGACAAAGUUGGAAGAGAUAGCAGUAAUAAGAGAAUACCAGGAUGUAUUCCAGCCAUUGGAAGGAUUACCCCUACCACGAAGUGAUCCUUUCACCAUUACAUUAGAGCCGGGAGCAGCCCCAAUAGCUAAGGCACCUUAUCGAAUGGCUCCAGCUGAGCUUGCUGAAUUAAAGAAGCAGUUGGAAGAUUUGAUAGAAAAAGGAUUUAUCAGACCGAGUUCUUCACCAUGGGGAGCACCAGUCUUAUUUGUAAAGAAGAAAGACGGUACCAUGCGGUUAUGCAUCGAUUAUAAAGGGAUUAAUAAUGUUACAGUAAAGGACAAGUAUCCCUUGCCAAGGAUCGAUGAAUUGUUGGAUCAGCUUCAGGGGGCAAGCUGGUUCUCAAAGAUAGAUUUGGCAUCGGGAUACCAUCAAAUCCCAAUAUCAGAGUUCGAUAUCAUGAAGACGGCUUUUAGGACCCGGUAUGGCCACUAUGAAUUUGUGGUAAUGCCUUUUGGUCUUACUAAUGCGCCGGCUGCUUUCAUGCGCUUGAUGAAUGAUAUAUUUCGUGAUUGUUGGGGUCAAAAACGUGAUUACUUGGAUAAAUUUGUAAUCAUCUUUAUUGAUGAUAUACUUAUUUAUUCCAAGAGUAAAGAGGAACAUGCAGAGCACCUCCAAAAGGUGUUGGAGCGAUUAAGAAGCCAUAAGUUGUUCGCCAAGUUUAGUAAAUGUAGUUUUUGGAAAAGGGAGAUUGGAUUCCUUGGUCAUCGAGUGUCAGAGAAGGGAGUUGCAGUAGAUCCUGAAAAGGUUAAAGUAGUUAAGGACUGGCCACGCCCUACCAGCGCUACCGAGAUUCGAAGCUUCCUAGGAUUGGCUGGGUAUUAUCGAAAGUUUGUGAGGAACUUUUCCAUCAUGGCCAAACCCUUGACGAGGUUGACUGGGAAAGAUAUAUCAUUUGAAUGGGAUAAGAAAGAGGAAAAGGCUUUUACACAAUUAAAGGAAGCUUUGACGACAGCACCUAUUCUUGCAUUACCUACUCCAGGAAGACCUUACACAGUAUAGACUGAAGCUUCUCGAGUAGGACUGGGUUGUGUACUGAUGCAGGAUGGAAAGGUCAUCGCCUAUGGUUCAAGACAAUUAAGGAAGCACGAGGAGAAUUACCCCACCCACGAUCUAGAGAUGGCCGCAGUGGUAUUUGCUUUAAAAAUAUGGAGAUCCUAUCUUUAUGGCGAGACGAUUCAAAUCUUUACUGAUCACAAGAGUCUCAAGUAUCUCUUUACUCAGUCAGAUUUGAAUUUGAGACAAAGGAGGUGGAUGGAAUUUAUCACGGAUUAUGACUUACAAAUCCAAUAUCACCCAUGAAAGGCGAAUGUGGUAGCAGAUGCACUGAGUCGGAGGAGAAAUGAUACAGCUAUUGAGAAAGACUUAGAAGCCUUAAACGCAGAAUUCAAGAUGAUUAGUCUUUCAGCCAUAGAAGGCGAGGGCAGCGAGCCAUUGGGAUUGCGAGCAGUGAAUCAAGCAAACCUCCUGCAAAGAAUUCGAGAAGAGCAGAAGGAAGAUGUGAAGCUAAAGAAGAUUAUAAAAGAACUUGAAGAAUCAGGCGGAAGAAAGGAUAGUGGUUAUCAUUUGGCUGAUGACAGAAGU